CUCGUUGGCCCAAAGAUCGAAACGACGAGUGGUCAUCGGAUCGCUUCUCCCGCCGUAUCGGUCCCCCUCGUCUCGCGGCGACAGCAACCGCCUGCCGCCUCGCCAUAGCCCGAAGCUCCCUGCCGCUUGCUCCCUGCAAGGAAGGUAAUAGUUAGAAAUUCUAUGGAAGGAGGUGGGGGCGAUGGUGGCGCGGCUGUGGCGCCUCUGGCCAAGUGGAGGAACGAUUUCUCGAGGGCGUUCCAGUACUAUCUGGAUCGAUCGACCCCUCACCCGGUACAGCGGUGGCUGGGGACUCUUGCUGCUGCUUUGAUUUACAUGUUGAGAGUUUACUAUGUUCAGGGGUUUUACAUCGUCUCGUAUGGACUCGGAAUCUAUAUCUUGAACUUGUUGAUCGGGUUCCUCUCGCCAAAGGUUGAUCCGGAGUUAGAAGGCCCAGAUGGGGCUUCGUUACCGACGAAAGGAUCGGAUGAGUUUAAGCCUUUCAUUCGCCGCCUUCCUGAAUUCAAGUUCUGGUAUGCAAUCACAAAAGCUUUCUGUGUGGCUUUUCUGAUGACCUUCCUUUCAGUAUUUGACGUUCCUGUGUUCUGGCCAAUAUUACUCUGCUAUUGGUUGGUACUAUUUGUCCUCACGAUGAAGCGCCAAAUUAUGCACAUGAUUAAGUACAAAUAUGUGCCAUUCAGCUUUGGAAAACAGACUUAUAGGGGAAAGAAGACAGGUGCAAGUAGCAGUAGCUCAAUUAGGGACUGAAGCUCUCGCCAAAUCUGUUAAUUAGGAAGCGAGAAGCUGAGGAAAUAAUCAAAGACUGAUGGCAUUGAUACUCUCAUGCUUCUUUCCUUUUUCUCAAACACAGUCCAAACGUAGUUAAAGGCUUCUCGUAUUAUGCUCUGAUGUUACACCUGUUCUCGUUAUUGGCGGCUGUAACUUGCAUCUCUUAGUAUUCUUUUCCUUAGAUAGUCUUAAUGCACUACCAGCUGCCUUUUUCUACCUUUGUAUCUUAGACAGAUUUCUGGGCGAUAAUGAUUGACUACUUGUUCUUUUGUCA